GCUAGCUUGGCCUAGAUGAUAACUUACGAAAUUGGGGCAUUAAAUAAUAUUUCACUGACCUUCCGCACUAUAUGCCUAGUUAUAGUGCAGUCCAUGGACAUUAGUGCAAGUGCAACUGGUCCUUCCAGCAGUAACGCGACUCUAAUGAAGCUGAUCUAGUGACAAUAAAUUUUGUGGAUAAAAGACUAGACAUCGUGACUGGGUGGUACAGUGGGCGGUCGGCCUUCGUCAUGGACUGGCGGUCCAUGUACCAUUCUGUUGAUACGGAUAUUAUAUUCUGUAUUUCGCGUGUUAUUUAAAAUAAUCUUUCCGGUUGAGUGCUUGGUGCUAUGUUGGUGCUCAUUUUCGUCAAAUGAUUGCCAUAUUCGACUUGGAAAUUCGUUUUUUAUCUGAAAAGGUAGUUCGUAUUUUAUACAUAAAUUAACAAUGGAGUCAACAAAGGCUGUGGAACUUCCCGAAAAUCCAAUGGUGAAAGCUAACAUAUUGUCCAAUUUACUAUUUUGCUACACGUUACCAAUCUUUAUCAAAGGUAAAAAGAAAAAUUUGGAGCCAUCAGAUCUUUACCGGGCUUUAGAUGAAGAUAAAUCAAGUACACUUGGAGAUCGAAUGGAAAUAGCUUGGCAUAAAGAAGUUGAAAAACAAGCUUCCCGAGGAAAGGACCCAAGUUUGCUAAGAGCUACGCUGAAAGUUUUUGGAUGGAAUAUUAUAAAAUUAGGCCUCGUCCAACUUUGUAUAGAGUUUGGCUUGAAAGUUACCCAACCACUUUUUGUCGGCGGACUUGUUAUUUACUACAUGCAACCCGAUGGAAACAUUUCAGAAGCUUAUUGGUAUGCGGGUGGCGUAAUUUUAUGCAGUGCCCUAAAUGUCCUCACUCAGCAUGCUUUUAUGCUUGGACAAUUUCACUGUGGAAUGAAAAUUCGCAUAUCCCUGAUCAGCAUUAUCUACAGAAAAGCGUUAAGACUAAGUCAAACCGCAUUGGGAAACACGACGGCUGGACAAAUUGUAAAUUUACUGUCAAACGACGUAGGCAAAUUCGACAGUGCCUUAAUUGGAAUGCACCAGUUAUGGGUAGGUCCUUUAGAGAUCGCACUGGUGGUAUUCAUCAUAUAUCAGCAUAUAGGAAUCGCCGCUUUUGCGGGUGUAGGCUUUCUCAUAGUCUUCAUCCCCUUUCAAGCCUAUAUUGGCAAAAAGAUCUCAACGUUUCGAGCGAAAACAGCCAUUCGAAGUGACGAACGGAUACGACUCAUGAAUGAAAUCAUACAGGGAAUCCAAGUGAUAAAGAUGUAUGCUUGGGAGAAACCAUUUGGGAAGCUAGUGACUUCUGCAAGGAAACGAGAAGUGAAUAUGAUUCGCUAUGCGUCCUAUAUUCGCGCCAUUAUGUUGUCCUUCACCGUAUUCGUUACCCGGUUCUCAGUGUUCAUUAGUCUUACAAUGUACGUUCUUUUGGGCAUGAUCCUAACUGCCGAAAAGGCAUUCGUGGUCACCGCCUAUUAUAAUAUAUUAAGACAGUCAAUGACUGUGCAUUUCCCAAGAGCAAUUUCGCAGUUAGCCGAAACCCUAGUUUCAUUUAAAAGGAUUCAGCGGUUUUUGACUUACGAGGAGGCAAAAGUAAAACAUCCUGUGGAUGCGCAGCUUACUUCAAACGGAGAAAUACCUGUUCAACUUUCCGUUACGAAUAAGGAUAUAAUGAACGACAAAGAAUUAUUAAAUAACUGCGAAAAGGAACCAGCCGAACCCUUUUUGGAAUUGUUGCGUGUGAAGGCUAAGUGGAAUCCAGGAUUAACAGAUUAUACUCUUGAUGAUGUGAGUUUCACCGCAAAGCCAGGCGAAUUGGUGGCGGUAAUUGGUCCGGUGGGAGCCGGGAAAUCCAGUCUUAUUCAGGCGAUACUAGGUGAACUACCCACUGAAUCAGGAUCGAUUGAAAUGAGCGGACAGGUAUCCUACGCAUCACAGGAUCCCUGGCUUUUUGGUGGAACUGUUCAGCAGAAUAUUUUAUUCGGACAACUUAUGGAUAGGAAACGAUACAGGGAGGUUAUCAGGCAAUGCGCCUUGGAAAGAGACUUCGACUUGCUGCCAUUCGGGGACAAAACGAUAGUCGGAGACCGUGGCCAGUCCCUAUCUGGAGGUCAAAAAGCUCGAGUCAAUUUGGCCAGAGCAGUUUAUCGGAAAGCUUCCAUCUAUCUUUUCGAUGAUCCUUUAAGUGCUGUCGAUACACAUGUUGGGAAGCAUCUAUUUGAGCAAUGCAUGAGGAAUUACUUGAAGGAUCAUAUUGUGAUUCUUGCCACGCAUCAGCUGCAAUAUUUAAAACAGGCGGACAAAAUCAUCAUCAUUGAUCAUGGAAAGAUAUUAGCGAUCGGAAAAUACACGGAUUUGAAGGAACAAGAAUCAGAUUUCUCAGAUUUGUUACUGGAUAAUCAAGAAGAGGAAGAACAACUGGAAGUCAGCUUUGAAAUUUAUGAUAAACCUGGAGAAAUCCAAAGUCGUCGGAAUAGUGAAACAUCAGUGGAGACAGUAAAAAGUGAAAAAUGCGCAGACACCCAAAUGCAAGUCAAAGAGAUACAAAAACGAGGAGCAAUCGGUUUCGAAUUAUAUGUGAAAUACUUUCGAUCAGGAGGUGGAGUUUUCCUUUUGCUUAUUGCGACCUCAUUUUGCAUUUGUGCACAGAUUUUGGGAUCAGGCUGUGACUUUUUCUUGUCUUACUGGGUCAACAAGCAAACGGCGUUUGCUAUGAAUAUCACCGUCACCGAUACACCGAUUUCCGUAAAUGCCACUGAUGCUGAAAUGACCACCAAUGCAAGCUACCUUACGAACGACACGGUUACUGUCGAACCCUACGAGAAUCGUGAUAUGGUGGAUAUCUACAUUUUCAGUAGCCUCGUCAUAGCAACAAUCAUUGUAACACUAAGCAGGGGCUUCCUUGUGUUCAAUGUGGCGAUGAGAGCCUCACGCAAACUGCACGAUGCUAUGUACCGCGGUGUUUCCCGGGCCACGAUGUAUUUCUUUAACACAAAUCCGGUAGGAAGGAUCCUUAACCGCUUCUCUAAGGACGUGGGACAUAUCGACGACUUGCUUCCAACUGUUAUUCUCGAUGUAAUCCAAAUCUUCCUAACGUUGGCUGGUAUUGUGGUUGUCAUAAUAAUAGUGAAUACGUGGUUCAUUAUUCCAAGCCUGUUGAUGGUAGUUCUCUUUUACUACCUAAGGAGCUUCUAUUUGAAAACUUCGCGGGAUGUCAAGCGAAUGGAAGGAGUCACACGCUCCCCCAUUUUCUCUCACCUUUCCGCAUCACUCAUGGGACUAUCCACGAUUCGAGCAUUCGAGGCAGAAUCGAUCCUCUGUCAGGAGUUCGAUCAUCACCAGGAUCUUCAUAGUUCCGUAUUUUUCACGUUCGUCUCUACUAAUCGCGCUUUCGGAUUUUGGCUAGAUUGCAUUUGUGUUAUCUACAUUGCAAUCGUGACUCUCAGCUUUUUUGUCCUGGGCGAGGAACAGGCGGGAAAUGUUGGACUAGCCAUAACACAGGCUUUGAACAUGACGGGCAUGGUGCAAUGGGGCAUGCGACAAUCCGCAGAACUGGAAAAUACAAUGACAUCAGUAGAACGUGUCGUUGAAUACGACACACUCGAAAAAGAAGGUGAAUUGGAAUCUGCUGAUAUACAUAAACCACCUAAACACUGGCCACAAAAGGGACAGAUAAAGUUCCAGAAACUCUCACUUCGAUACUUCCCUGAUGCCAAAUCAGACGUUGUUCUGAAGAAUCUCGAAUUUGAAAUUAUGCCAAAAGAAAAAAUUGGAAUUGUUGGUAGAACAGGGGCCGGAAAGUCAUCUAUAAUCAAUGCCCUAUUCCGUUUGGCAUAUAAUGAAGGCUCUAUCGUUAUCGACGGAAAGGACAUUAAGCACUUGGGUCUUCAUGAUCUUCGCUCGAAAAUCUCGAUUAUUCCGCAGGAGCCGGUUCUGUUCUCCGGAACAAUACGUUACAAUCUAGAUCCAUUUGAUGAAUACUCCGAUCCAAAAAUCUGGCUAGCACUUGAACAAGUCAAACUUAAAAGCGCCAUAUCAGACCUACCCCUUGGCUUACAGACAAAAGUCAGUGCAGGUGGCAGUAAUUUCAGCGUAGGACAAAGACAGUUGGUCUGCUUGGCACGCGCGAUUUUACGAGAAAAUAAUAUUUUAGUCCUGGACGAGGCCACGGCGAAUGUUGAUCCGCAGACGGACAACCUGAUACAGACGACGAUCAGGGAGGAAUUCGCCGACUGCACAGUGAUCACCAUUGCUCACAGGCUAAACACAAUAAUGGACUCAGACAAGGUCCUAGUGAUGGACGCUGGACACAUUGUUGAAUAUGGUCCGCCCUAUCUCCUCCUAACGGAGCCAGAGUAUGAAAGCAACAUUUUCUACAGUAUGGCCCAGGAGACGGGUGAAGCCACUUUUAAGGCUUUGAUGCAAGUCGCAAAAGACGCAUAUGAGUCGCGCACUAACAUUUGUAGUCCGGAAUAAAUCCGUUUUAUUCCACCAUUUUCUGGUUCUAUGUUACUCAAGCCAAGUGGAAACCAUAACGUUCCUGUCUGUGACCUCACGUGUACUUGGAUGGAAAUAUGUACUUGAUGGUCUCACCGCCCAACUUUAGUAUUAUUUUAUCCUUAAGUGUAGUAAAACUAGAUUUUAUAAGAUAUUGAUUGUUGUUAGAUGUAAUUACCAAGUGAGCGAAGCAAUUAUAUGCUGCUCAGGAUCAAUAAAAGAAACAUCCCAAUAAGGAUGGC